CCACCGCCGCGCACGACGUCGCACCCCUCUCGCGCUCUCCGCCACCUGAACCCACGUUACACCCGGUCCAGGGCCAGAAACGGUACGCAGCUCGCGACAGGACUAAAAAUCACUAUCCAAGGAGGUUUAGGCAUGGCCAGUGCAGUACAGGCAGCUCCCUUGUCCAACGGCGUCAAUGAGAUCAGUACGAAUAGCUUGCACGACGACGCGCUUUCUACUAAGGCGGGCAAGGUGAAGUCGAAGAACCAGUUGAGGAGACAGAAAGCGAAGGCGAAGAAGGCUGCGCCGGCCGCUCAGACGAAUGGAGACGCGCCCGAAGGAAAGGAGGAGGUUGUGAAGGAGGAGCCAGAUACGAGGAAUGACAAUGUCGAGUACGUAUCUGAGCAGUUGGAUGUUGGCCCUGCCCUCGAAGCUUUCUCCGACGUCUUUGCUCGCUUCCAGUUCUCUCUCGACUCGAACACAGUCAAAUCGGAAGACCAGCCCACCAAAGGCGAAGUGAUCUACUCCGACGACGACAUGGCCUCCGAGACCGACUCUCAAGCCUCCGAUGCCGAAACCGCCAAAAAGCCUCUUUCCAAAAAGAAACAACGCAAGAUGAACCGGCUCACCGUCGCCGAACUCAAACAGCUCGUCAAAAAGCCCGAAGUCGUCGAAUGGACGGACGUCUCCGCCGCCGACCCGCGCUUACUCCUCCACCUCAAAUCGUACCGCAAUACCGUCCCGAUCCCGGUCCACUGGAGCGCGAAGCGGGAUUAUCUGCAGGGCAAGAGGGGUAUCGAGAAGCCACCGUUUCAGUUGCCGGCGUAUAUCGCGGAUACGGGGAUUGCAACGCAGAGGGACGCGGUGAAGGAGAAGGAGGCGAAUAUGAGUCUGAAGCAGAAGACGAGGGAGAGGGUGCAGCCGAAGAUGGGGAAGAUCGAUAUUGACUACCAGAAGCUGCACGACGCGUUCUUUAAGUUCCAGACGAAGCCGCCCGUCACGACGUAUGGGGAGAUGUACUAUGAGGGCAAAGAAUUCGAGACGUCGUUGAAGGAGAAGCGGCCGGGUGAUCUGUCGCCGGAACUCGUCGAGGCGCUGUCCAUCCCGCCACUCGCUCCGCCACCGUGGUUGAUCAGCAUGCAGCGCUUCGGACCUCCGCCUAGCUACCCAACGCUACGGAUACCUGGCCUUAACGCCCCUAUUCCCGAAGGUGCACAGUGGGGAUUCCAUCCGGGAGGAUGGGGUAAACCACCAUUGGAUGAGUACAACCGUCCUCUGUAUGGUGAUGUCUUCGGUGUUCUCCCCAAAACCGGUGAUGCAGACUCUGGAGAGCCAGUCGACCGAAAUCUGUGGGGCGAGCUUGAGCCAGAAGAAGAGGAAGAAUCCGAAUCCGAAGAAUCCGAAGAAGACUCAGACGAGGAAGACGCCUCGGAAGCCCAACCCUCCCAAGCAGACGGCCUCCAGACACCCUCAGGCCUCGAAACUCCCUCGGGCCUCACCUCCGUCGUGUCCACCGUCGCCGGUGGCCUCGAAACGCCUGACUUCCUCGAACUUCGGAAGACGAGCGGUUCGACGAGGGAAGAGCCUACGGGACCGAGGAGUCUGUAUCAGGUGUUGCCGGAGAAGCAGACGAAUGUGAGGGGGUUGAUGGGGAGUGAGAGGGGGUAUGAUGUUAGUGGGGUUUCGGCCGCGGGUGCGGCGGUGCCGGUGUUGGGAGAUGAGAGGGGGACGAAGCGGAAGGCCAAUGGUGUGGACGUGUCGAUCGAUGCUGCAGAGCUGGAAGGUAUGUCAGAGGAGGACCUCAGGAGACGGUACGACGAGAGCUCGAGAGGUGGGAGGGCAGGCGUUCCUGGUGCCGGAAAUUCGGAGGACUUUUCGGACAUGGUGGCGAGGGAGAUGGCAAAGAAGAGGCAGAAGAUGGAGGCGGAGAGGGACAGGGGGAAGAAGGGACAGGGGAAGGAGUUCAAGUUCUGAGGCGGUGCUGUAUCGAUGUUCAUGUUGGUGACUUGUUCCUUUCUUUCUCGUCGGUGCGAGGCCCGUCUUUCCCCUUGAACGCCGUCCUGUGGAAACAAGGUUGUGUGAUCUUAUCUGAUUAUUCUUUCCCCGCUUUCGUCUUCUUCUUCCCAUGCAUGUAAGCGUCGAUAUCUUAUCAUAGCAAUCGACUGUCGCAGGUCUGUAGGAGACUGCCAGGUUUCUCCUGCAGGUUCCUCCAGGCCUUUGUC